UCCCAUUUUUCUCUCCCUCUCUCUUCUUUUAUUUUUUUUUUUUGGUGUUUUUUCUUUCGAUAUUCUCUCUCUACUCAGCUGGGAAAUAAUAUAUAUUAAAUUAAGUAGCUCCUAUUUUCCGUGGGAAAAACCUUCUGAAGGAGAGUAGUUUUUCUCCCUCAUAAUUCGAGUUUCGUUUGAGUUUUCCUUAUUGUUGAGUGGAUUUUUAUUUUUUCUGUUUUUUUUUUGGGGGGGGUUGGAGUUUAUGAAAAUAAUUCUGCGGCUGGGAUCGUGAUCGGGAGGAUCGGAAAGGAUGCUGUCGUUGCAGAGCGAUCCGCGGCAGUACAACCUGAAUCUGCAGCAGUUGCAACAGCAGCAGCAGCAGCAGUUGGUGCAGCAGCAGGUGGCUAGGGUCCCGUACAAUGUCGGAACCGAUCAUCACCGGGAGGAUUCGUCCUUGGCUUUGGCCUCUGCGAGUAAUAUCAAGCAAGAGCUUUCUCGUGAAGUUGAUGAAGACAUGCUCCUCAACCUUGCUCAUCAGAAUUACAAGGCUGGCAACUAUAAGCAGGCGCUAGAGCAUAGCAAGGCUGUAUAUGAGAGAAAUCCACGUCGCACUGAUAAUCUUCUUCUGUUGGGUGCAGUUUAUUAUCAGUUGCACGACUUUGAUUUGUGCAUUGCAAAGAACGAAGAAGCUCUUCGAAUUGAUCCACAGUUUGCUGAGUGCUAUGGGAAUAUGGCAAAUGCUUGGAAGGAGAAAGGCAAUAUUGAUGUAGCCAUUCGCUAUUACUUGAUCGCCAUUGAGCUUCGGCCUAAUUUUGCUGAUGCAUGGUCAAACUUAGCUAGUGCUUACAUGCGUAAAGGAAGGCUGACUGAGGCUGCCCAAUGUUGUCGUCAAGCUCUUGCUUUAAAUCCUCGUUUGGUUGAUGCUCAUAGUAACCUUGGAAAUUUGAUGAAAGCUCAAGGACUGGUGCAAGAGGCGUACAAUUGUUAUUUGGAUGCUCUUCGGAUACAACCCACUUUUGCUAUUGCAUGGUCCAAUCUUGCUGGUCUUUUUAUGGAGGCUGGUGAUCUUAACAGGGCCUUGCAGUACUACAAGGAAGCUGUCAAGUUGAAGCCAAACUUCUCAGAUGCCUACUUGAAUUUGGGAAAUGUUUACAAGGCUUUGGGAAUGCCACAAGAGGCUAUUGUAUGUUAUCAACGAGCCCUGCAGUCACGACCAGACAAUGCAAUGGCCUUUGGAAACUUAGCCAGUGUAUACUAUGAGCAGAGCAACCUUGAUAUGGCAAUACUCAACUACAAGCGAGCAAUUGCUUGUGAUGCUGGGUUCCUGGAGGCAUACAAUAACUUGGGCAAUGCAUUAAAAGAUGCUGGGAGAGUAGAGGAAGCAAUCCACUGUUAUCGACAAUGCCUGUCUCUUCAACCCAGUCACCCUCAAGCUCUAACUAAUCUUGGAAAUAUUUAUAUGGAGUGGAACAUGAUGAGUGCUGCAGCUCAGUGCUACAAGGCAACACUAGCUGUUACAACAGGACUUUCUGCCCCUUUCAAUAACUUAGCUAUAAUAUACAAGCAACAGGGUAAUUAUGCGGAUGCAAUAUCUUGCUACAAUGAGGUCCUCAGGAUUGAUCCAUUGGCAGCUGAUGGCCUUGUCAAUCGGGGCAAUACUUACAAAGAAAUUGGGAGAGUUAAUGAAGCAAUCCAAGACUAUCUGCGUGCUAUUGCUAUCCGGCCAACCAUGGCUGAGGCUCAUGCUAAUUUGGCGUCAGCUUACAAGGACAGUGGUCAUGUGGAAGCUGCAAUUAAAAGCUACAAGCAAGCAUUGGUAUUGCGUCCAGAUUUCCCGGAGGCAACUUGUAACCUUCUUCACACUUUGCAGUGUGUUUGCGACUGGGAUGAUCGAGAGAAGAUGUUUAUUGAAGUUGAAGGGAUACUUAGGAGACAGAUCAAGAUGUCAGUUAUUCCUAGCGUGCAACCUUUCCAUGCAAUAGCAUAUCCACUUGACCCCAUGCUCGCGCUAGAGAUAAGUCGGAAAUAUGCGGCACACUGUUCUGUUGUGGCAUCCCGUUAUUCACUUCCUUCUUUUAACCAUCCUUCUCCACUACCUGUAAGGGGUGGGGGCAGGAACAGCCGGUUAAGAAUAGGAUAUGUCAGCAGUGACUUUGGUAACCAUCCUUUGUCGCAUCUCAUGGGCUCGGUGUUUGGCAUGCACGACAGAGAAAAUGUCGAGGUUUUCUGCUAUGCUUUAAGUCCAAACGAUGGUACUGAAUGGAGGCUGCGAAUCCAAUCAGAAGCGGAGCAUUUUAUUGACGUCUCAUCUAUGGCAUCUGAUAUGAUCGCAAGGAUGAUCAACGAGGACCAGAUACAAAUUCUUGUCAACCUUAAUGGGUAUACUAAGGGUGCAAGAAAUGAAAUAUUUGCCAUGCAGCCUGCUCCCAUUCAGGUUUCCUAUAUGGGAUUUCCUGGGACCACUGGGGCAACCUACAUACAUUAUUUGGUGACAGAUGAGUUUGUCUCUCCUAUGUGUUACUCACAUAUAUACUCUGAGAAGAUUGUCCAUCUUCCUCAUUGCUAUUUCGUAAAUGAUUAUAAACAGAAAAAUCUGGAUGUCCUGGAUCCAAGCUGCCAACCCAAGCGGUCGGACUAUGGACUGCCAGAGGACAAAUUUAUAUUUGCUUGUUUCAAUCAACUUUACAAGAUGGACCCUGAGAUUUUCACAACCUGGUGCAAUAUUCUUAAGCGAGUCCCAAAUAGCGCACUCUGGCUGCUUAGGUUUCCAGCUGCAGGCGAAAUGAGGCUUCGUGCACAUGCUGCUGCUCAAGGUGUGCAGCCAGACCAAAUAAUAUUCACAGACGUUGCAAUGAAACAGGAGCACAUUAGACGGAGUGCAUUGGCAGACCUUUUCCUUGACACACCACUUUGCAAUGCACAUACGACCGGGACGGAUGUUCUUUGGGCGGGCCUACCUAUGGUUACUCUUCCUCUUGAGAAAAUGGCUACUAGAGUUGCUGGUUCAUUGUGUUUGGCUACUGGAGUUGGGGAGGAGAUGAUUGUGAAUAGCAUGAAAGAGUACGAGGAGAAGGCGGUUUCUCUGGCUCUUAAUCGUCCAAAGCUCCAAGAUCUUACUAACAGGCUAAAGGCAGCACGUUUAACUUGUCCUCUGUUCGACACAGCACGCUGGGUGAGAAAUUUGGAGCGUGCUUACUUCAAGAUGUGGAAUUUGUACUGCUCCGGCCAACACCCUCAGCCCUUCAAAGUUGCUGAGAACGACUUGGAAUUUCCGUAUGACCGUUAGACGUAUAGGAAAAGACACGGGAUUGUAGAUAAAACAAAGAGACCGAGGAUAUGAUUCAAAAGUCCAGAGUGAGUUUGGGAUUUAUAGUAGAGAGUAUGCUAUGCUAAAAAUGAAGUUCCAAAUUUCAUAUUACUUGCAUCCGACGAUGAAAUAGAGAAAGUGGUGGUCAUAUCGCUGCUUCUGUUGCAUGCUUGAUAA